GGCGGCUGUUAAGGGGGGAUUUGUAUAUGUGGCCUGCUUUUCUCGGAGCGCCGAGUCCUUCGUGUGGGUUCCUUGAGGAGUAGGGGCUUGCAGUUAUCCCAAACGUUUAUGGUGUUCUGACAAAGACCAACCCCAAGGGGGAUGAUGAUGACCUCCUUAUCGGGACACCGCAAGGAUGGCUCUUGCUGCUCCAACCGUUCGGCAGUGCUCAGCGUUCACCAGAGUGUGCAGGAGAUGGAUUUUGAGAGAGGGAUUUGGUAUGCUGCUCUGAAUGGAGACCUCAGUGGGGUCAAAAAGCAUGUCUUGCAGCAUGGAAAAGUCAACGAGUCUGACCCUCUUGGAUACACAGCUUUGCACUACGCCAGCCGCAAUGGGCAUUACGAUGUUUGCCAGUUCCUGCUGGAGAACAAAGCCAUCCCUGAUGCCCAGACCCAUGGUGGGGCCACCCCUCUGCACCGAGCCUCUUACUGUGGCCACAUAAAUAUUGUUAAGCUGUUGUUGGACCAGGGCGCUGAUCCAUUUAUUAGAGAUGAUGAUGGGAUGACUUGCCUGCACAAGGCAGCAGAGAAUGGACACCAGGCGCUCUGCAUCCUCCUGUUGGAGCACAACUCGGCACUGAGGCACAUACGAGACAAGAAGCUCAGCAGACCCUGCGACUUGGUUCCUGACGAUCAAGAAGAAUUGCGGAAACUUUUAGACAAAAGCGAAUUGCCUGCAAGUGACAGCAGAGAAUCCAAGGAGUUAGGGAGCCCUACUGUCCUCUAGGCUGAGUUGCCUACUGUCUCCCCUGCCUGCUGUUGGUAUGCUGUGGAGUCACAUGGCAGCAGCAAAAUGAAUUUGCUUGCAAGCCUUACCUGUCAAAGGAAUAAUUGGUUUACAGUUUGGAAGGGCGUUAGUGUAACCGGACAGUCCAGACCUAGAACCCGAACCCGUGGAAGGGGACACUGUUAGGACUUGAGAUUGGGGAGCUGGGUCUGGUGAAUUGGGUCUGAGGAUGUGGGGCUAGAUUAAAGGUGUGGUGUCCUUGGGCUCACAUCUUCAUGUGUCGCUUCCUCCCACUCUCUGUUCUUAUCUUAUUGGAUGAGUUAGGGCCCAUUUACCCAGUUUGUAGAAUCCAAACUGGGAGGUUUAUCCUGCAGCAUGCCAGUUUAGGGUGCACAUCUGAAUGCUCCAGAUUUGUAAAAACAAACUCCUCACAGUGGGCAUAGGGAGCGCCGGGAACAAACCUAAUCUAAACCCUUCCCCCUGUGAUACUAGUUAGGGAGAUUCAAAUGUGCAGUUCCUCAAUUGCAGCUUGAAGUGGGACAAGCUGGUUUUGCUGCAUAUAUUAUUAUAUCCACAGCACUUCCCCAAACUGAGAGAAAUCUAGGGCCAACAUGAUAGUAUGGCGGUAUCUUUGGAGGAGAUUGAGAGACUAAUUUUUUAAAAAAAUCUUUAUUUACAAAUCUAAGCAUAAGUGGAAGCAAAGCCAGCUUUCCUGCUGCAAACUUUCCUGCUGGCACCCAUCUUGUGCCAGACCUUAGUUGCAGCUAUGUCCUGGUCCCAUCCCUGCAUGUGAAUUGCUCAUUUGAGAAUCAUCCACAGCUAUGUAGGACUCUUUGCCUUAAACUUCUAGCUCCCCUCUGGCAUUGCUUUGGGCAAGACCUACAGUUACUGCCUGCUUGAAGUGAUCAAACCUGGGGCAAAUGAACGGCAAUAUAGGCAGGCUUUUGGUUUGAUAAUCAUGUUAGGGAUGGUCCCAAUUUUCCAUAAUUUUGUCUUCGAUAGCACUUGCAAAUUCUUUCAUCUACAAGCGGCUUCCAACUGUGCAGCAGUUGAAUAUAUUUAUGAUUAAUUUAAGAUAAAUCUCUUUGAACUAAUUCACAUCAGUACCCAAUAAUGCCAUUUUAAGAUCCAUGGAGAGUGUACAUUAAUCAUGUCCUGUUGCUUAUGAAAUUAAUCUUAGCUCUUUCCAUCCACAUUCUCGGUAUGCACAUGCAUAAUUUUGGGUUGUGGCUGCUGGGACAAGAUUGCCCUCAGUGGCACCAGUAUUGCUAACUCAGCUGUAUGUGGUUCUGCCAUCCUGAGCUCUUUAUAAAAGGACAUCGGGCCUGCUCCAAGGAAGGGGGAGGAGCUAAAGCAGCCAUGUUACUUUGGGGCAUUGUCCCAAGGUUGUGGUUAAGGCCAAGAAUUCCAUUUUUGUGCUCUGAGCAGGGAUCUCUUUGCAACCAUUCUUUAUGAGUAUUAAAGUCACUGCUGUAAACUUGGGACUUGGGUGUUGUCAGCUUUGGGUGGAAGAAGGAAUAUUGUAGAGGGAAGUUUUAAAAAAUGUCACCUUUUGAAACCUUCAGCUGUCUGAAAUGUGGUAGCCUUCAGACCCACAGUGUUCUCUAUAACUUUAUCCAAAAGACUGAGAGCCAAGAGGUUCUGCAACUUUUAAGGCUUAUUCAUUGUUGUUUGAACUGGUCUGUUCAAGGAGUGGGUGGAGCCAGGGUCAAAUCUGUCAGUUAACUUUACCCACCCAUCUGUCCAUCUAUUUAUUGUAUGUUUUCCCUCCUUGAUUGUAUCCUCACAACAACCCUGUGAGGUAGGUUAGGCUAAUUUACUGACUGAAGGUCCCCCUGUGAAUUUACAUGGCCAAGUGGGGAUUUGAACCUGGGCCUCCUAGAUCCAAAUCUUACCCUUUAAACAUUACACUCCAUGAGUUUUUAACUAUAAAUGCAGCUCAUUUACUUAUUCAUUUAUAAAAACAGCCCAUGGAUGCAAGAUUGAGGGAACCCACAACCGGCUUCUUCAAUUAAAUUCAGAUCUCGCCCCCCUUACUACAUUAAAGUAAAACAAAACACUGGGACCC